AAUUAUCAGACCAGACUGCGGCAAAUGCACCAGAAUAUAAAGUAAAACGACUACCAUUCGUACCUUUUAUAGUCAGUGCAUUAGCCGCAGUCUGGUCUGAUAAUUUACAAUUACAAGUAGUUGGAUAUCGUUCUAAUACAAUCAUUGCCAAUAAUAUUUACAUACUUCAAGUCUUUAAUGUUUUAUAUAUAACAUUUGACGGAUAUUCCGGACUAGACUCAGUUGUGUUUUCAACAUCGGCCGGAACACACAAUUUAGAUGUAGUGGGUAGUGGUAGACACUUUGGAAUGGAUAAUCUUUGCUUAACUUUUCCAUAA